AUAUUUAAAUUAUGAUAACAUUCCAUAAUGUCGCCUCUCAUUAUGCGAACGUCGUUAGGAAUCAAGAUUUAGAUUUAUUUUAUGUUUCAUUCUUACAAGUUUGGCUGUGUUGUGAUUUUUAAGUGCAGUUAACAUUAUUAUGGAUUUAAUACAGGAAGAUACAGAAACAGAAAGCAAUGUUGUGAUCAGAAUAAACAAACUUAAAGUGUGGACUAAAGAAGAAAAGUCUUGGUGGCGGCGGAGGCCUAACAGACCAAAGAAUUUGAUACUUGAUAAUGUUUCAGGUUGUAUCCGUGAAAAUGAAUUCGCAGCUGUCAUCGGCCCAAGUGGGGCAGGAAAAACUACAUUUCUCGUGUCUUUGGCUGGUAAAGUCACGUUACCUUCGGACGGUACGGUGACGGUCCGAGGCCGGGACGUGAAGGAAAUGGCAGGAGUAGUGGAGAUUGUACCCCAGUUCGAUGUCUUCAUAGAUAAGCUGACGGCGAUGGAACAUUUGGUUUUCAUGACAGAAAUGAAAAUAGGAGAUUCUAAUGAACCUGCUAUACGAACAAAACUGGAAGGCUUGCUCAAAGAAUUGAAUCUAUCUAACCUUAAAGACACGCCUAUUGUAUCUUUGUCCGGAGGAGAAAGGAAGUUACUCUCACUUGCUACAUCGCUUCUGUCAGAUCCACAAAUAUUGAUUUGCGACGAACCCACCACUGGGCUGGACAGUUACAAUGCCUUAGCCGUCGUUGAGAUAUUAAAAAAGUUGGCAUCAUCAGGGCGAAUCGUGGUCUGCUCUGUGCAUCAACCUUCAUCGGAUUUGUUCAAUGAGUUCACAUCGAUUUUGCUCAUGACUGAAGGCAAGCUGCUGUUUCAUGGGUCUCAUGAAAAAUGUAGGCAGCUGUUUGAGAGUGUCAACCUCCAUUGUCCAAAAAAUUACAACCCAGCUGAGUUCUACAUUAGAGCGGUAUCUGAUUUAAAUUCUCAUAAUAGCGUAGAGAGGCUCAUGGAUUCUUACAAAGAAGAACACAUUGGAAAUACGACGGAUAUACAAUGUACACCGACUAAGAUGCGUAGAAGAAAUUGGUUCAAACAAGUUUCCCUGCUUCUAUGGCGUUCGUCUUUAACCAUGAAACGAAAUCUGAGAAGUCAUGUGUUCCAAUUACUUUUUGGAAUAAUGAUGUCCUCAUUAGUCCUCGGCACUUGCUACGUGGGUAUAUCGGGGACAACCCAGCGUGGGAUCCAGGACAUCCGUGGGUUACUCUGGCUGAUGACCAGCGAGGUUUCUUUCACCAUUUCUUAUGGAGCCCUAUACGUGUUCGAGUCUGAUCUGACCUUGUAUAGGAGAGAAAUCGGCUUGUACAGUUGUACAGCUUAUUAUGUUACUACGUUUUUUGGAUUUAUACCUCGUUGCGUGGUGUGGCCUAUCAUGUUGGUGUUCAUAGCAACUUUAGCCGUGGAGUUACCUGAUCAUGUUCUCACUGCAGUGGAGUUCACUACGGCGCUCAUGCUCACUGCUGUGGGUUCAACUGCUUAUGGUCUUGGUAUGGGAGCCCUCUUCUCCUCCACUGGUCUGAUGAGUGAAGUCAUGCCUUGUGCCGAUUUACCCCUGUUCCUUAUGUCUGGAGCCUUCUUACGGCUAUCAUCGCUCCCUAGCUGGCUGUACCCGAUCAAAUAUAUCUCUCACUUCUACUACGGAAUGGACGCCGUUAGUAACAUAUAUUGGCAGAAGAUUGGAAAGAUUGAUUGCCCCUCGAAUUCAACCACCCCCUGCGUGGAGGACGGAGCAGCUGUGCUGAUGGAAACUGGAUACUCGGACCACUUCGUUCUUCAAGACACAAUCGGCUUGACCUCAGUGAUAACUAUGUGGAGUCUGCUGGCUUACUUCGGGUUGAAACGGCAGGAGAAGAAAGGAUACGCAUAUUGAUAUGUAAAAAUAUUUAUUAAUAAAGUUGUAAAAAAAUGGUUUCGUCUUAUCUUAUGGACAUUAUUUAGAUUGCUUUGAUUUUAAUUUUCCUAUGUGUAUUUAUUAUAUAAAGUUCUAAUAAAGUCAACCUUGGCAACAUCUAUUA